AUGGACGUUCCACCCCCGGCACCGCAACCCACCAUGCAGGACGUACUAAACCUCAUGGUCACACUGGUCCAAAAUGUCAAUAAUCUCACGACAACGGUGAACCAGUUCGUAGCGCAUGCACGACAGCCUGUCACCACGGUCUCUUCCACCAGGUCCCGGUCCUUCGUCGAGAAACCAGCUACCUUCGACGGCAAGUCGUCUGAAAAAGCCAGAUUGUUCCGCAGCGCCUUUCGCGUAUACGUCCGAGGGAAUAAAGAGAUAUUCGCCUCGCGAAACGCUCAGGACGCCAUCAUCCUAGACCAUGCCGGCAACUGGAUAAUGGACCCACUCAAAAUGAUCACCGGUAUCCUAUCCUUCAUGACGGACGAAGCAGCGGUCUGGGCGCGCCCUCACAUCGACGAACUCUCAGACGGUCGUACUCCAUUCAACGCCAAUUGGGAUGAGUUCGUCAAACAGUUCUCGGCUAAAUUCGAACCCGUCGACGCGAAGAACGAGGCCAAGCAGAAGCUUAUGUCGAUCAAACAAGGCGAUCGGACAUUCGCGGACUAUCUCUCCGACUUCGAGACUUACUCUCGUCGUACCGGCUGGUCAAAUAACGACCUCUACGAUCGUCUCAAGUCCGGGAUGAAUUCGGAUUACCUCAAUAGGCUGUCCUACUUUGCCCCUCUGGCCACUGACUACAACAUGGUAAAAAAUUACGGAGCAACAAUCGACUUGCAAAAAGCAGACUUGGCAGCCAAUCAAGGCAAACCAGUCUCGCAGCCCCGGUCGACGACAACGACGCGCUCCUCCGGUUUCCGCGACCCGAACGCAAUGGACAUCGACGCCAUGGACAUCUCCGCCGCACGCUUCGACGACCUGUUCCAAGGCCUCAAAGACCCUGCGGAGAUCAAAAGGCAAUACAACAAGCUCAUGGUCGGUCGCUGCCGCGUCUGCGGUUCCAAAGGUCACAAGGCGGACGGCGCACACGAGGACACCAAAUGCCAACACUGUGUCGCAAUCAGUCCGAGCCUCAUCGUCGACAAGCCCCUCGACGUCGGCUUCCAUCUCUAC